AUGGACAACCAUAAUCUGACUCCAACAGAGCAGGUGCGGUCCGAGGAUGACCAGCAACCUCUCGAAGAACAGGGCACUCGCACAGAGAACAGCCUGCGGGAGGCACAAGAAGGGCAACCACAGAAUUCAAAUGAAUCAACAGACACCGGUCCUGAGCUAUCCAACCUUACUGAAGACCUCACCACUGAAUCCAGCAGAGACGAGUUGAACUUGUUCGAGAGGUUCAUGGACGUGUUCACGGGGAACAGACCCAGCCUGGAAUCGAGCUCGUCCGGGACGACGACGGGCAACACCUCUAGUUUGCCUGGAGCUACCGCUGCUGCUACUUCUGCUGACACAAGUCACGCAGGAGGUGCCAUCAUUAUCACGGUGAGCUAUGUGUUCUCUGACGAGAACAACCCUCUGUCCCCUAACCGAUCUGGUUCACUCGUGAUGAGUCUCCCCAACACUCCAGCUAACAGAGACCCCUCCACCAUCCAGGAGAUAAUAUCCUUGGCCACACAAAUGGCCUACUCCACUAUAGUAAGCGGGAUCAAAAAGUCCCAGGGCACCACGAUGGAGAAAUUCAACAGUUUCCCCACCAAAUCCAUUGACAGUCUCAUCGAUUCCAAGUCAUGUUCGAUCUGCUUUGAGGAUUACACUGAGGGUAUAGAAAAGUCUAGUACAGGCGAAACUGAAGACGUAGACUACGACAAGGACGAAGAGGUAUCACACGCAGAUGGCCCCAGGAGAAAGAAACGUAGAGUCACGGUGAACAAUGUAGAAACCACUGGUGGUAUUCAUUCUGAUCACACUUCUACGGAUCAACUUCCAAAGUACGUAUCUGAGUUUACCGGGUCCUUCACUCACUGUCCCGUGGAGAUGCCCUGUGGACAUAUUUUUGGGAAGAGCUGCCUCUGUGAAUGGCUCAAAGAUCACGCUACUUGCCCACUUUGCAGAGAUUCGGUAGCAGAACAACCCGUGGGGCAGCCAUUAGUCAGGGAUGUCCCUUCCAUCACUACUAAUGCCUCUCAAACUUUCACAAAUCUUUUGAAUUUCCGCCAUCCUAACAGGACGAGAACGGAGGGAACUGAAGAUGCCACUGGAGCUUCUCCUCCCAACCCCGCUAAUGGCGCCGGACCUCGUGGGACCACCGCCGGCUUGCGCGCUAGAAAUAGCUUCGCAGCUUACAACUCGCUCAACCGAAUAGAUCACGCAGGACCUAUGAGACAUACCCCUCCACAACAAGCCACAGGAGCGACCACAGGAACGGGCAUCAGGAGAAGCGACGAAGGAGUAUUAUCUCAACUUUUUGCAUUUUUAAGAAGACCACCAGCAUCGCAUGAAGGUUUAUUUCCCUCUGGAGUAUCAAGCAGGCGUAGUGCCAAUGGAGUGAUUACGAGGCAGACCAACGAGAGAGACACUAAUGAAAUAAUAGAUUAUUUGAAUUUGAGAAGCUUGACGGAUGACCAGACCACUACGACAACUACAACGACUGAGACCCAAUCUACUAAUAAUGACAUACCAAAUGAUGAUAGAAGCAGUGAUAGCAAUACUAAUCAUGAAAACGAUAGUGGGAGUAGAAGCGUAAAUGGAGAUAGAGAUGGAGUGCAUGGAGAUAGUGGAAACUAA